CCAAUCGGCGAUGCAAGGACAGGCGCAGCAGGAGGAAGGAGGAAGUGGCUAGUUCAGGGGGCUACGCUUUGUGGACGGAACGGUCUUCAAUUCGAGGGCUUGAAAUGGAGGUGUUUCCUGAAGUCAGAGCAACCAUUGAUUUAAGCGUUUUUAAGGGCAAAGAAAAUGAAGCACUGGGUAUCAUUAAAUUAAGCAAAGUAUUUGAAAAAUGUCAAGGUGGCCUUAAAAGUUAUGAAGUUAUCGAUUCAUUUGAAAAGAUUGAUAGAAUUCACACUGAAUUAACAAAACUUAAAAUUGGGCUCUCUGGAUCAGGCAUUUCAAAGUCCUCAGGUGCAGAACCUUGUGCAUCCUUUGAGGAGGAGAACGCAGGGCCCUCUGAAGUAAAAUCUCCAAUGUCGUCUGAUUUCAAGUUUUCAAGUUCCACCAGAACAGAAUCCUUCAAUGCUUCUGGUGCAAAAUCUGCAAAAGUCUCUGGUGGGAAGUCCUCUCAUACAGAAUCCUCAAGACCUGGAAUGGAGUCUGGAAAGCCUUCUGCUGCAAAGUCUUCUGGUGCAGGAUCGGCAAGGUUUCCUGAAACAGAAACUCCAAUGUCUCAUGCAUCGCUGAACUCAUGUGAUCAUGAUGUAAUAUCUGUAGACAGAUUUAUUAUGAGUUACAUUGAACAUAUUUAUAAGGAUGAGCUGCAAAACAUAGAGAGAAAUUUUGAUGUCAUCAGAAAAACAACAAAUUCUGGGAAAUGUUCAACUGUACAAUUUAUAAAAAAUAAGAAAAACAUACCAUGCUGUGCUGCAAGAGAAGAGUUUGUUUCUUUCUAUCAACAUAUUGCAACAAAUCUACGCAUGAAAAUAAUAACACCUAACCUUACAGGGAGAGGCCUAACAUUUAAAAAUUUGGAAACAUUUCUCCUAAAGAAUUUUCCAAAAGUUUGGCUUGGGUAUAAGGAUACAGAACUUAGCUUAGUGGGAAGUCCUGAUGAUAUUACCAAAGCAGAAGCUGCCCUGGAUCCCAAUAAAAGGCAAGAGAAUUUUCAGCCUAGCUCAUUUGGUGCCAAUACAGUAGACUCGGGCAGGAGGCAACCUUUACAAUCUGAAUGUAAUCUCACCUCAAAUUCAGAUGCUAUGAUAAGAAAAGCAAAAGAUGAGGACAAAACAUGUCCAAUUUGCUUGGAAGAAAUGGAAAUGCAAGAAACGUUAAAAUGUAAACAUUCGUUUUGUAAGGAAUGCAUAGACAAAGCUUUUAAAACUAAGUCUGCCUGUCCAGUAUGUGGAGAAGUGUAUGGAGAGUUAAAGGGAAACCAACCUGAAGGUGGCCGGAUGAUUCACAGGCUCAUGCAAAUGCGUCUUCCUGGUUAUGAAAAAUAUGAUACCAUUGAGAUACACUACACAAUACCAGAUGGCUUCCAGGGGAAAGAGCAUCCACAGCCUGGCCAAAGGUAUAUUGGUACGUCGCGUACUGCUUACUUACCAAACAGUCCAGAGGGGAGAAAGGUGCUCAAGCUCCUACAGCGAGCUUUCAAUCAAAAACUAAUCUUCACUGUUGGAACGUCUAGUACCACGGGGAGAAGCAAUGUGGUGACCUGGAAUGAUAUUCAUCACAAAACAAGUACUUUUGGAGGGCCACCAGCGUUUGGGUAUCCCGAUCCAACCUAUCUGGCAAGAGUGCAGGAUGAGCUGAAGGCCAAAGGAAUUUUCUGAACCGUAUUGUAAAGGAAACAGUUAUGUACAAUAUUCGUGUGUUGUAGGUGUUGCUGCUUGUAGUUUGAAAAUGCUUUAAUGUAUAUUGCUGCCCAACAACGAUCACUUGUAUGCUUUAUAUAUGCAUUGACUUUCACAAAAAGCAUAAAUAGCAAUAAUCUGAUGCAUAAUUGCAAUUUCCUUUUGUGAAAUAGAAACUUUAUUUGUGAACUUCUGUGCCAAAUAGUAUAUCUCUGUGCAUUGGAGUAAAUUUACUGCAAAGCACAUAGUAAUAUUGCAGCUACUGUGUCAAAUGGCACUGUAUUGACUUUUGGUUCAUCUUUCCCACAAAAAAAAAUGUUGGUUUCAGGCACAGAAAAUAUCUUAAGAGUUUUUGUAGCUAUUGACAGUCACAAUUAUCUCAAUUAUUUUGAAAACUGGUAAAUAAAAGUAGCAGGGAAAGACAAUGUGGAGAAUACAAUAUCAAACUGGAAAUUUACCUUAGUUCAUUUUAUCUGCUCUCCCUAUUCCCUAUCACACCAAUUGUUUCAUCUCUUCCUAGAAUAUCUUUUCAUCUCCAGGAAUUUGUAAAAUAGGGUGAUACAAAGCAGAAUACUAACUCUUUGGAACAGUUCAAAUAAUACAAAGUAAACAAGUAAUACAAAAAUCAAAUCAAGAACAUGUGAGCAAAAUUGGUAGACAGCUACUUUAUAAGAUAGAAAUAAAGAAUGCGUACUUUUUUCUAAGUCACUUUGAGGCAUUUCCCCAUUUGAAAUUUAUCUUACUAUUGCACCUGCUCUGGAUUGAAUUAUCCAGAUGACCAUAAUUACAAUUACUUUUCAUGAAUGUGCACAUGGAAUAGAGACAUUACACUCUCCAUGGGAAGUAAAUUAAUAAUCUGGAAACUGCCUUUUAAAAAUAUUAUGUUUGGUAAUCAUGACUCAUCGUAACCAAGCUGAUUUUGUAUUGUACAACAAGAUUUAAAUGAAUUCUGGAACAACUUGUGCUUCAUAGCCCUUGCUCAGUGUGAAAUUCUGUUUUGAGUUCUACACUGAAAGUGCAUAUUAUGUAUCCCCUAUCAUUGCUUUUCUGAUACGAUAUUUAAUUGGAAUGGUAUUAUUAAACUGUUUAUUGAUUUAUGAAUGAUAAACAUCAUAUUAUUCCUUUAUACUUGCAAUACAAACAUAUUGUAUAUGUGACUAGUCGAAAGAAGCUCAAUGUUAGAAAGUAAAUCAAAUUAUGCUGUGUGUUAGCAAAUAACCAUUUAAACCCACUUCAAACUCUUCGGUUUGCCAUUUUACUUGAGGUGUUAUUCUGUCACUGUUAGAAAUGUAUUUAUCAUGAUUCCUAAGUAUGGCAUACUUUAGUCAUUUCCCAUUUAAUAUUGGUGGCAGAGUGCAAAAUGUUGAUAUUACUUUGUAGCUGAAAGAGCAGCACAACCUUAUUGAAAUUGUGUGAAAAAACCAUCUUUACCAAUGAGAGAUACUUAACUUUUAUACAUUGUCAUGCAGCAAAAUAAACUUGCUUCACCUUG